AUGACGAAAUCAACUGUCCUAUCAUCUUAUAAACUAUUUGCCUUUAUAUUUAUAUUUCGACUAGCUAACUCCUUUGCAAUUGAAACAUUUUUCCAAGCAGAUGAGUUUUUCCAAGCUUUGGAACCAGCACAUCAUUUUGUUUAUGGAUACGGUUACUUGACCUGGGAAUGGAAACAACAAUUGAGAUCAGCUAUACAUCCUUUGAUCUAUGUGUUGGGGUAUAAAUUAGUAGGUGAUAACACAACCCUAGUGUGUAUAUCUCCUAAAGUAAUAAAUGCAUUGAUUGCUGCGAUUGGAGAGUAUAAUCUAUACAAGUUUAUUAUUGUCUACGAUAGUGAAAAAUUGGCUUGGAUCACUUUAAUGUUAUCGUUGUUCAAUCCGUUUAAUUGGUAUGUUAUUACAAGGUCAUUUUCAAAUAAUUUGGAAAUGGUUUUCACCGUGUUGGCAUUACGGUUUUGGCCAUGGAACAAGAAAAUUAACGGGCGUUGGUAUAUCAGUCUAGGUUUUGGAUUUGUUAGUUGUAUUAUACGUCCAACAAAUAUUUUAAUUUGGAUCCCCUUAGGUAUUUGGUUAUUAAUUAGUAUAAGAAUAACUCUUAAGUGGGUUGCAUUGUCAUUUUUAGAAGUGGUACUAAUACUAUUGAUAAAUACUGCACUUGAUUAUUACUUUUAUCAAAAAUUGACUUUCCCGUUGUACAAUUUUCUUGAGUUUAAUGUUUUCAAAAACUUGUCAAUUUUCUAUGGAACUGCCCCAUGGCAUUUUUACAUUUUCCAAGCCAUCCCUUUGAUGUUGAUGUUAUACUUGCCAUUAAUGAUAUACGGCUUGAAGAAAAAUAUACUUUUACUUACUGGGUUAUUUUAUAUUAUUGGAUUCUCAUUAAUACAGCAUAAGGAGUUCCGAUUCAUCUAUCCUAUUCAUCCAAUUUUGCUUUAUUUUACAGCCAGAGGAUAUGUCAAAUUCAAACCCAAAUUUGUGCUAAUUGGGAUUCUUCUUAAUAUUUGUAUUGGAUUAUUCUUCACUAAUGUUCACGAAAGAGGAGUAAUUGAUUUGACAAAAUAUCUAGCUACACAACAAACGCCAUCAGUCGGAUUUAUCACUCCAUGUCAUUCAACACCUUGGCAAAGCUAUUUUCAUAACCCUAAUUUGGAUACCAAUUCAUGGUUCUUGGCGUGUGAACCUCCAUUACAUUUGAAUAAACCCAGUAUGGAAGAAAUAAGGCACUAUAGAGACCAAUCAGAUCAGUUUUACGAUGCGCCUGAACUGUUUUUGCAAACUCAUUUGGGUAAAGACUUGCCGAAAACAGAACAAUUGGUUGUAUUUGAACCGUUAGAACCAUUAAUGAAUGACUACUUGGGCAGAGAGUAUUAUGAAUGCCAAAGGUUUUACAAUAGCUUUUUCCAUUGGGACAGUAGAAGAGAUGGCGAUAUUAUUGUAUAUUGUAGAAACUAA